AACAUAAAUUGCAGUCCCCAAUAUUCCUGCCCAGCUGUUUCUAAGACUGAGAGGCGGAUAAGCUAAGGAGGUGCAUUUGAUCUCCCAGGACGAGGAUCCGAAGGGGAAAAGAGAGAGAACCCCAGGUGCAGGAUGCAGUUCGGUCCACACUCCAUCUUUAUCCUAAUGCUCAGUGGGCUUCACUUCAUUAACUGUGAGCCAAUGGCAAAAGACUCACCCACUACCUUCCAAAGCACCACCAGCACAUCCAGUCCUGGCUCAGCCAACACCCCCUCUACCCCUUCUACUCCUGGCCCAGUCAGCAACAUGGCCACAUCACCAGCCAACACCACCAGCACAUCCACUGAAGGGCUAACCAGCAAUGCCACUAUGUCACCAGCUAAUAAUGCUAUUGCUUCUACUCCUGGCCAAGCCACCAACACAGCCAAAGUCACUCAAGGUCAAACCAACGCCACUUCAUCUUCUCCUGGCCAACCCACCAACACAGCCAAAGUCACUCAAGGUCAAACCAACACUACCUUAUCUUCUCCUGGCCAAGCUACCAACACAGCCAAAGUCACUCAAGGUCAAACCAACACCACCUCAUCUUCUUCUGGUCAAGCCACCAACGCAGCCAAAGUCACAAAAGAUCAAACCAAUGCCACUUCAUCUUCUCCUGGCCAAGCCACCAACGCAGCCAAAGUCACUCAAGGUCAAACCAACACUACCUCAUCUUCUUCUGGUCAAGCCACCAACACAGCCAAAGUCACAAAAGAUCAAAGCAAUGCCACUUCAUCUUCUCCUGGCCAAGCCACCAAGACCACAGCCAGCCAGAACAAUGGCACUACAAGCGCUUCUCAAAAGAAAGCAACCAAUAUUGCUGUAUUCCCAACUUCUUCCUUUUGGGGAUUUGCAUUGCUUGCCGUUUCCGUACUCUGCCUGUAAGGAAGUAUUUCUCUGUUGUACACUGCCAUCCUUGGAGGGGGAAAAAAGGCUUUCCUCUUUCCACUGUUAACUGGUCUGCGAGUCAGUUCUUUGAGAGGUUUCACCUAUUUGAAAUAUUCUACAAAUACCCCAAUCUUUCACUGAAAGAUCAAGCAAAUCCAACACUGAAGCUAGAGGAUUGUGAGACUAAGGUGGGGACAGGGCAGCUUUUAUCUAAUCAUGACACAUAUUCAUAAACUAUGUAAGCUCUGGGGAGGCUGGAAUUACAAUUGAUUUACAUUGUUGAAUAUGUGAACAACAGCUCACUUGCAGUCAUGGGUUUUCAAUGGUCCAGACCACAAUUCCUAGCUUUGCUCCCCAAACUGAGGAUCAUGAUCGGUUUCAUUCCAAGCAAACCAUGAUUGUGAUGUCAAGGUUUGUUCUUUACUUCAAGUCGUGGUUUUGAGCAAUCCCGGUUUUGUCCAUUAUGCUAGGUCAAGGAUUGUAGCUUUUCUCCCACAUGCUAAAAGUGGUUGAGAUGCUUUUAACUAUGAUAUGCAAUCAAGGCCAAUGUGAGCAAAUAAUAGUGAGCAAAUAAUGAGCUGUGAGUAAAUACUCUCUGCUCCUAGCAAAAGAGCUAGUGCCUUCCAAACACUCCCUUCAAUCUUCCUUAAUUUUGUGAUGGAGCAAUAGGAGGCAAGAACUAAGCUGGGUUCCCUUCUAUCUCAUGGUGCAUGGGAGACUUGAGGUGUAUCAUUUGCUGCGUUGAUUUGGGGGCCAAUGGAAAUGGUCCCUAGGCCUCCUUCCCUUGGCACACUUGAAGCCUUCUGCACAUCUAUGCAAUCUGCCUCUCUACAUUUUUGUUUUACCCAACUAACCCUAUGAUCGGAUCUAGAAGAGUCACUGCCAAGACAACCUUGUUCUAUCUCUAGGCAUGCCCAGCCAGCAGUUUCUUGCAACAGUUGCUUACAGCGCCCAACCAGAAGGAAGACAGUGAAGCAUGCUAUGGAAAUGGACAGGUAGCUGUUCCCUCAGGAUUCCACCAAAUUUAUUGACAAAAGCCUAUCAUGAAGACUGUGACAUCUCUGCUGGUCUCUGCAAAUGGCCUGCAGCCCCUGCAUGGACUAUCCUGCAUGGACCAUGUGAGGGAAGGGGGAAGAGAACAAAAUGUGUCUCAAAGACCCCACUGCAUCAGGAAUGUCGAGGCCAGCAAUACAGAAACAGUCCUGCAUGGAUCAAAGGCCUCUAGAAGUUCUCUUUUAUUUUACUUCAGCAAAUCAAGAACUUCCAAGACCUCAGGUUGGAAAUUUAAUGUAUUUCGACUGCUUCUGUUGUUAGCUUGUUCUGUAGCUUGUUUGUCUGCUUGCCUUUUUUAUAGUUUUAUUAAUUCUAAAAACACACAGAAACAUAUUUACACAAAAUGCAAACAUUAACAAACACAAAUUACAAUUCCCCAAUUCUACCCAAUUCAUUUCUGAUAUACAAAUCACCACUGUGUUAUUUUGAGCAUACCAUGCAAAGCUUUAAGUUUAAGCAUUUCCAACUGAUCCCAAUUUUUUUUUAAUCAAUUUGGGUUUUGAUUACACUUCAAUAAUUUAGCAAAUAACAUUACUGCAAGUGUACUUAUAUUUAAAACAGUCUCUACGAUGUCCUGCCAUAAGCACAGAGAACCUGUGGCCCCCCAGUCCCCAUCAUCCCUAGUCAAAAGCAAUGCCAGCUGAAGCUCAUGGGAGUCUGACUAUCUGGAGGGCCACAGAAUCUCUCUCCUUGUUUUAUAAUGCUGUGUUUUAUUAAUCUGAAUUAGGGGAGAUUGGGGUGGCUGGUGAUGAUGUGACAGCAACUAAUUCAAAUUGCACCAGAUAUCAGAGGACAUGUCAAACACUUUUCAGGAUCAUAACAGUGGUGGACUAGAAAGUUAAAAAGAUGAUUAAUUCCAGAGAAAGGUGGGGCGAAGAUCCAGACCUCCUUUUUGAAUUAGGGGCAUAUAUGUUAUUUAUUUAUUAGCAAUUAGAUCAAUGUGUUCUACUGGGGAAUGAAGCCAUGUGUAUGACAGAUAUAAAAGCAACCUGCCUAACGAAACGCUCCAUUCAAUGAAAGGGAAACAGCUGGUGGAUCAGUCCCAAAUGAAUAACAUGAAAAGUCAACAGGGCUGGCAUUCCUCACUGUUGAUCCCUGGAGAAAAGAGAGCAGACAAGCUGGGCAUUAAGCAUAGGGGACGUUCAUGGGGAAAGAGUGGGUGAUGUGCAGAAUUUAACAUAUGGUUGUUUUGGUGCCAUUGUGAAAUGGAGGCUGUGCCACUCCUUUUUACAAGCAGCAGCUCAAGUUGCACCUGGCAGGUGUGGCAAUUAAUAGCGGUGAGAUCUAUAGGCAAGAGAUGGAUAGGAAAAUUUCUAUGCUGUAGCACUGCCUGUAAUGCCUUUCUACAUGUUUGUUUUAACUGGCAGAAACAACAAAUAUGCCGUGUCGGACUGUAUUUGCUUGCAUUAAACAUGGCCAAAGCGGA